CAUUUUGUUUGUUAUGUGAUCAUCGAAGCGGUUUAUGAAUGGCUUGCUCGCCUAUUUCUGUGAUAGAAUGUGUUAUUUCUUUCAAUUACAGUGCACGAUUGCAGUCAAAAGUGAAAAGUGAGGAAGAAAGUUUUAUGAAAAUCAAAAGGAAAAGAAAGGCCGACGAGGCAUUUGAGGAAGAUGCUAAUAUGAAUAAUCGAAGCAAGCAGUUUAGAAUAGAGAACCAAUGGAUUCCAAUAUCAGAAAACUCCUCCAUAACUACCUGUACCUUAGUGCCAAGUGAACCUCUUUCCCCAGAGUCUGACAUUAAAUCCUCCCCUUUAACUGUACUUAGUUCCCAGUUCAGGUUUAGAAAUAUUUGUACCCAUGUAUGUAGACUGUCCCCCCUGCCCACAUUUAGUUGGGCAGAUUCCCAAGAAGUAUGGACGUUGAUGCUUCGAAAAGAAUCACAAUAUAAUAGAAAUCAUCAGAUGUUUGAUCGCCAUCCCACACUCCAACCAAGAAUGAGAUCUAUACUGCUCGACUGGAUAAUAGAGGUGUGUGAAGUCUACAGAUUACACAGGGAAACAUUCUACCUCAGUGUUGAUUUUAUUGACCGUUUUCUUAGUACCACAAACAAUGUAAUGAAACACCAGCUUCAACUCGUAGGAAUUACAGCACUCUUCAUUGCAGCUAAGUUAGAGGAAAUCUAUCCACCUAAGAUAGCAGAAUUUGCCUAUGUCACAGAUGGUGCUUGCUCAGAAGCAGAAAUAUUGGAGCAAGAACUUGUCAUUUUAAAGGCUUUGAAGUGGGAUCUAUCUCCAAUGACCAUCACAGCCUGGCUGAAUGUCUACCUUCAAGUAGCCAACAUAGACCACAUAGUGGAGGCAGAGCACGGAUUUGUUUUCCCACAGUAUUCGUCACAUGCAUUUGUACAGAUUGCAAGGUUGACAGACUUGUGCAUUCUGGAUAUCAGCUGUAUGGAGUACACUUACAGCCAGUUAGCAGCUGCUGCCUUAUAUCAUCUUACCUCAAGAGAAAUGGUGCUGUCUGUUACUGGGUAUGAGUGGAAAGACUUGGAACCAUGUGUGGAGUGGAUGGCACCAUUUGCUCGGACACACAUGGAUGAGGGCUCUGUGGAGGUCAAGUUUUUCCCAAGCAUACCAGCAGAGGACUCACAUAACAUUCAGAUUCACUCUGUAGAUUUAAAUAUGCUGGAGAGAGCUCAAGAAUUACAGGAAGAAAUCCAAACUCUGUUGAGGGCCAGAAGUCCUGACCCCCAAGCUCAAGUCAUCACACAAUUAACCCCUCCCCACAGCGGCAACAAGAAAUCAAAUACCUCCAAAGCCUCCAACACUUCCUUUAGUUCCAGUGAGUUGGAUUCUUUUGAGAAAGAAUCGGGGGAGUUGAAGUAGGUGUGAAUGGUGUAUGAGAGAGAAAAGACUGUAUAAUUGAGGGAUAAUUUCAAAAUGUGCUAUUGUACAGAAAUACUUGACAGUUAACUCAGGUUUUAGUGUUGAGUAAUCCCUGAUAUCUAACUGAUGAUACAGAAUCCUCAGGAAAACACUAGGAAGAAAUCUUAUAUACUUUACUGCAGAAUGAAGGGUAUCCUUGUGUAAUCUAGUGCUGUGUGUUGAUUAACAUAUUUAAUCUGUGUGGUCGGUUUAGAAAUCGACAUGUGUGGUAUUUAUUGUUGAUACUUAGGGUGUGACUGAGUGCAUUGUGAACUUAUAAUCCUAAUUUAACAAAGCUGUAUUCUUGCAAUAUUUUCAUGUUUUGUUUAUGUAUUGCACCCAGUUUUUAAGGGUGGGGUCUUUACAUUUCUCAACUAGUGGGACCAACAUAUUCUACAUGUAUAGGUUUACAAUUGUGUUCACAAAUGACUUCUAGGAACAAUGUUUUCCAUUCAUAUAUAACCACUUUGUGUUCAUCUCAAUAUUCAAAGAAUUAAUUUCAGUUGAAAUUGAAUUUAUGCAAUGAAUCAAAUUUUAAUACUUGAUAUUAUUUAUAGUAUCCUCUGUGCUCACAUUGAAAUAAGGCAAUGAAACCACUUGUGUUCACAUUUCCACCGAAAGUGUUCAUUUUUAUUAAGGUAUGAAUGUUAAGUGUGAUUGUAUACAAAACUGAAAGAGAAAGUAGGGCGAUUUUGAUAUUUUUAUGUUCUAAUGUACAUGGUAUUUGUGCAAUUUGAAGUUUCUUUUAACAGCUAACAAGUCAAUUUAUUUAUGAUUACCUUUAUUGAUAAUGUUUGAGUGGAAUGACUUUAAGUUCAUUUGUAUUGAUUGAAAAACAGUCAUAUAUUGCCUCCAUAACAUAGAGGUUUUUCUCAAAAAUGACAGGAUAUUGUUGUCCAAUAAAAUACUGAAAUAAAAACAGUGGUUUAGUUGGAAGAAGAAUAGCAGAGGAUCUGAACUCUAAAAAUGAAUUUAAGUUGAUUGCUAGAGAUAUCAGAAGAAAGAUAAAGCAAGAUGUACUGAUUUUCCCUGUAUGACCAUUUUUUUGAAUGCAAGAAAUGUAUGUCAUAAUGUAAUGGGUUGAUGACCACACAAAUUUGAACCAAAAAAUUGUUUUCCUGUUACAUGUUUUUCUUGCUUUGUAAUGUUAGAACUUUUGUGUAUUUUUAAGGUUUAGAAUUAUCUAAUGUUUAUGAAGAUAUCAUGCAUUUUAUUUUUUUUUUCACCUUUUGUUUUUACUUUUAAAGAAAUCUGAUCUUCAGCAGCACAUGAUCGCAUUUCAAUCAACUUUAUCAACUCCUGUAUCAAAUCAUGUUGCUUUUUAUAAUUCAUUAUAAAAUUCAUCUGCAUAUAAUGCAAAAUUUAAGGGGUUUCUAUGGGUCUCUGCUUAUUUACCUUGGUGAAUCAUUAUACUUCGUCCAUAAAAUGGAUAGGGAAAAAAAGUAAUCAGGUGCUUUACUACAUUAGAAACACGGUGAAUGGAUGUCAUAAGAUUUGUUGUGUCCAAAGAAGAAUUUCUAUGAAUAUAUUUAAUAAUUUAUCCUCAGUAAUUUAUGAUUUAUCUGCCACAGAUUUAAAGAUGUAUAAUUUAGAUUUGAUUCAUAUUAAUUUAUUUUCUUUUUAUUUAUCUUUUUUUCUGUAUCUGAGAAUAUAUUAUUAUCAAAAUAUAGUGUGUACUCCGUACAAUGGCAAUAUACUAUAUAAAUAUAUGAAAUAUAGUCAUGUGAAAGUCCGAGGAUUAAUUGACAAUCCUUGUCUAAGUAUUGUAGUAGCAUUUUAAAGUAGAUUUAGUAUGAAAACAAUGUACAUUACAGAAAUUCUACGUCAUACAUGCUUGUUACCCAAAAAACAAAGUCAUGGGAAGUGUGAAGAAAUCGGUCGAACAUCCAUUAUUUUUAUAUACUCAUACUCAUCAUGUAAAUGUUCAUCCUUAACACAUUGACGUUUGUUAUGGUUAAGUUUUUAAAUAUUUGACAAAGCAAGUUUUAGUCAAAUGUAUAUUAAAAAAAAAAGAUGCAAUAAAUGUUGUUGUAAAUUACAA